AUGCACCGAGCUUGGUUCACGGAAGAGGAGGUGAGGGUCGCCACGGAGCGACGUCUAAAAUACCAGGGCACGGCCAAGGUCCGGCUUGACCAGAUCCAGUUUGACCCUCCUCUCCCGCGAGACCUCAAUUCCAGUAAUUUGGAGCGACUUCGACAGGUUUUCCAAAAAAAAAACACUGUCGCUGUCUUGAUGCUGACAAUCAUGUGCCAGCAAUCAUAUCGCACCAAAACCUCAAAGAAGCACUCGAUUGUGCCAAGGUUCAGCCCCAUGACUUUGAAGACUAAUCUUCCAGAGAAGUACCCCAUGCUCCAUUUUCACAAUAGCAAGCUUCAUGGCCUUCAUGGCCGCCACCGGGUCCAAGUUGUGUCCGAACUCCUCCCCCCUGUCGACCGGUGGUGGAUGGUGGAUCUCUACUUGGAUGGUAUCCUUCCAUGGAUGUCGGUGAGGAAUUCAGGAUCUCCCUUCUUGAGGAGUAUGCAAACCAGAGAAAACCCACCAAUGGAGAAAUAUACCAGAAGAUCUGUCAAUAUGAAGAAGAACAGAAUGAACCAUUUCAGCAGCAAUGGCUUGCGUGCUUGCUGUGCUGGCUUCAAUGCACUGUUGGCCAUCCCGGGCCUCUGGGGCCGCAGGAUGCGGAUCAGCAUGAUCCAUUGCCUGGUCACUAUUGAUUGUGUUGAGGAAAUCCUCAACUACCUUGAGAGUGUGAAGGAGUUCUGGUCAUCCCUUGUUAACCAUCAUCUGAUUGCAAUGAAAAGAAUUGAUCAAGACAUGGUGGAGAAGCUUCAAUUGAUGGCCCCCUGUGCAUCUUACAUUGAUGUGCAAGCUGUGUAUGGAUUUAUUCUGAGCACCCCCCCUGACAAGUCCAUCUGGAAAAGCAUAACAGAUAUGUUUGUGACAUCUUCUGAGAUAGAGAAAGAUUGUCUUGUUCAGACAUCAGAGUCUACCUUCCAACAAACUCACAUGGCGGGCAUGGAGUGUCUUGAUAUUGUGUACCAGCAGGUUUGGCUCUAUGCCAUGCAACAUUAUCCCUCAAUGCCAGCAGACCUGAAGAAUGACAAUGACCUGCUGGCCAAACCAAAUCAUGCCAAAGCCAAUGAAUGUGUGGUCUAUAAGAUGGCUGCACUGGUGCACUGUCUCAGGUUCUGCUCCACCAAGAUCACAGAAUUAAUGAACCAGUCUCCUGACAGACAGAUUGCACAGGCCACUCUUCUCAAGGCCCAAAAACCCAGCUGCUUUUAA